AUGCCUGAAUUCAUGAAAUCUAAAACAGUUCAAACAACACUAGCAGUAGCAGAUGCGCUUUGCUUUUACUGUGCGAUUACAAUAGUAGCCCUCAUGCUCACCGGCGCUUUUAGAGAUGAUCAGAAUUUCAGUUAUUCCCUCAGCACCACCGCCGGAGGAGGAGGAAACAGGCUGCCGGUGCUGAACCGACGGCCAUGUGAUGAGAUAUACGUGGUCGGAGAAGGAGAAACUCUUCAUACCAUAAGCGAUAAGUGUGGAGACCCGUUUAUUGUUGAAAAAAACCCUCAUAUCCAUGAUCCCGAUGAUGUUUUCCCUGGCCUCGUCAUCAAGAUCACCCCUUCUUCUUCUUCUUCUGGUUCAUAA